AUGGAAUGUGCCCCUGCAUUCAACUAUGCUCGUGAUGAGCACACGACUGACUUCCUGCCUGACGAUUCCGUCGAGUACUGUCACCAAAAGAAAGUGCGGUUCAAAUCACCCAAUCUUGAGCUCGACUUGCGUUACGUGUCAGAGGCUACCCUCGAUAACCUACCCGAGCCAGAGGUGAACAUCGACUACUUAAACCUGUCGAAAGAGGGACAUCUUGGCCCGGCCGUGUGCUGUAACCUGUCCCUCGUUGAGGGUCAGAGAGUCACGUUCAUCCUGAGAAUAUGCCCAGAAAGGGUGGGUGCCCCAGAGGCGAGGCCCACUCAAGAACUUGCAGACAGGUUGGGUAUCCCCCUUGAAGCCUUGAUUGCGGGUGCCUCGAAGAUGAGGCCGCAAGAUGACCCCUUGCUCAAUGCGGAUUUUCUGGAACAGCUCUUCCAUUUAACCCAUGAGUACUGGAACAACUGGAUACGCAAGUCUACGUAUCAAGGGUCUUGGAGGGAAGCUGUGAACCGAAGUGCUCUUGCCCUCAAAUUGUUGAUAUAUGAGCCCACGGGUAAGCUGGAAGCUGUUGUGCGGACUGCAGUUUCCAACCUCUUGACACCAGGUGCGGUCGUCGCAAGCCCCACGUUUAGCCUUCCAGAGUACAUUGGUGGCACUAGGAACUGGGAUUAUCGUGCAUCUUGGAUCCGUGACUCGUCAUUCACACUUUAUGCACUUAUACGUCUCGGGUUUACUCAGGAAGCCAAUGCAUAUCUGGAGUUUAUUUUCGACAGACUGAGAGAUAAGAAUCCUGAUGGAUCCUUGCAGAUCAUGUACACGAUUCAUGGUAUGCAUCUAACGUACGAGGUGUUUGGUCUAUGUCAUGGUCAAUUAGGUGGCAAGGACCUUCCAGAGAUUGAACUUUCCCAUUUAGACGGACACAAAGGAUCGAAACCUGUCAGAAUUGGAAACGGAGCUGCAAAUCACACUCAGCUUGAUGGACUGUAUAUACUUGGGCCAGAAGGUGCGCCAGCGCAUCUUCGUUGCUUCCCCCAGCGACUCAUCGCAUCGAAUCCCAAACAGUUUGGUCGACCUUUGGGAUAUGACACAUGGGUACUCGUGCGGGAUCUCGUAGAUUGUAAGAGCAGUUCCAAACCUAUUUCCUUGUGGGACUCAUCCCAUUCCUUCAACCUGGCAGACGUCGUUGAUCAUUGCCGCGAACCUGACUUGUCUAUAUGGGAGGUCCGGGGUAAAGACCGUCACUUUACGGAAUUCGCAUUGUCGAAAAACGCUCCCUUCCAUGUCCACAACGCUCGGUGUGGUACUGCAACACGUGACGCACUCUACGAAGAAAUUAUGACGAAAGCCUGGAACCCUACGCUCAAGGUGUUCGGACAAAGCUACGAGGAGACAGACGUGCUUGAUUCUGCUGUGCUCAUCAUGCCGCUUGUUUUCUUCAUGGCUCCCUAUCCGAGGUUUGUGAGCACCCUCAAGCAAAUACUCAAGUCGCCGGAGAGGGGAGGGUUAACAUCCAAUAAUCUCGUCUACCGCUACGACGUCACCAAGACGGACGAUGGAGUUGGCGGUAAAGAGGGAACGUUCUGUCUUUGUACUCUCUGGUGUGUAGAGGCGCUCACUCGAGCUGGGGAGUACGACCGACCGCUGCUAACCCGCGCGAUUGCAAUGUUUGAGGCACGGAGUUCCACGGCAGCGUUUAGUGGAUUGGGCAUCUGA